AUGAAAUUAAACAAUCUAGCAGCGCGAUUCAGCUUCAGUCUGACUUUAAGCUUGAUGAUAUUGUUGGGGGGAAGUGUGUAUGCGGAGGAGAUGGGGAAUGUAGGUGCAGAUGCGAGUUUGGAAGGAGAGUUUGCGAGGGAGUUUAAGGGGGUGUGGGGGAGAGCGUUGAGUAAUUUGCAGAUCUUUGCGGGUUCUUUGGGUGGUGUAUCGGCGGAUCCGAUAACUAAUUCCGGGGAUCAUGCGAGACCGUAUAUGGUUGCGGGAGAUACUUUUCCCGCAUUCGCAGACGCCUACUCCCGCUCCUGCGCCAACCAAAACAACAAAUGCGCCGAUGCAGCCAAUAAUCCUGCAAAAGCAGCUGCGGAUAUUAGUGUGGAUGGUUGUCAAACUCAGGAGUCUUCGUGUUUAGCGGCGGGAGCAACGGCUACGCAGACAAAUUUUCAGGUGCUAACGAGUUCGAAUGCGGAGUUUGAUUUUGUUUGUGAUUCUUAG